GGCUACACGUGUCGCGGGAAAGAGGAGUUCGACCUUUUGGUGGGCAGGACCUUGCCACCAGGCAGCACAACGGAAGAAAGGCUGGCGCAUAUUCGGGUAUAUUUUUUGCUGAAGUUUCACUUUUCCUUUGAAUUUUCAUCGAUUAUUUGAUAGUACUAUUACAGUACAAGUACUCCUGUUGUUGAUAAUCAUAAUCUGUCUAAGAUGCACAUACGUAGUUUCCUCGAUUGUACAACUCCACAGGAAACCGAUCGCCGAGGCGAAAACCCAGGAGUGAUGUACUACAGUUACGCGUACCAGACGCUAUCUUUGAGGACCGUGAUUUUCUCCUAUUUGGC